UCAAUUCUUGAAAGAGGAGAGAGAAAGAGAGAGAGUAGAGCCUAGAGAGAGAGAGACGUUGCGGGAAGAAAGGAAUAGCAGAGAAAGAAAGAGACAGAGAGAGAGAGAGGGCAGAGGGGUUUGGGCUUCUGGGGAGUGUUGUUUGUGCGCGUGUUUCAGGUGCGUGUGAAUUUUUUGAGAAGGAAUGGAAGUUCUUGAGGGGGUUUGAGGAGAGAUGGAUAGGGGCAAUCGGGCAUGGUGACGGUGUGCUUAGAGGAGGAGAUUUGGAGGAUGAGAAAUCACAAGCUACGGACUGUGAGAGAGCUCUACGAUGCUACUGAUGAGGUUUUGGAGCCGAAGAUUUCACCAGUCUUGCAUGGGGGUUGUCGCAUACAAGGGCCUCAAGAUGAGCCAUGCUGUGCUGUUGAGACAAAUAUGGGAUCAUUUGAAGUUGAACACACGCAUGGUAGCUGUUUUUCUAAUGAGAAAUUUCAUGUGAGAGCUGAACCUGGGACAUGCAAUCUGUACUCCAUCCCUUGCUCAUCCUGUAUGCAUCUCAAUCAAAUGACAUCGCAAAUAGGAACAAUGGCUAGCGAGUUUCUGAAAGAAGCCUGUCAGGGAAAGACACCUAGUCACUGCUAUUUUCAUGAUACUGGCCUAUUAUCUCCUUCUAAAAGCAGUGUAUGCAAUGAUAGGCAGCAUGCAAGUAGUGAAACAAGCAACCUUCUCAGUGUGUGUUCAAGUCAUGAUCCAUUCUCUGAAAACGCAGAAAGUAAAGCUACUGUGAGGCAUUUGGAUAUGCCUGAAGACAUGAAGAUGCUUAGUAAUGUGACUACUGGAAACCCUGUUGCAAAAAAUCAUGGUGUUUUGGAAUCCCAUGAUUCACAUAGCUUUCAUGGUCAUGAGUGCCAUGGUGAUAGCAUCUCAUGCAUCAGUGCUUCUGAUGGUGGAAAUGUGAUGAUUUCUGAUCAUAAUGGUGAAACACAGCGGAAGAAUUUGCCAUGUGGUUCUGCUUCAGUUAACAGUUUAUCUGUAGAACUUUCUGGAAAAGCAGUGAGUGGAUGCCCUGCUUCAAAACUGGGUAGUGGUCAUUGCAAAGUAGAAGCACUGCAACCAGCUGCCAUUUUUCCCAACAAAUCAGACCCAUCAGAGGUUACUUCCUUAAGGGAUCUCUAUGCUGUUGCUAGCUCACUAAUGGAACCUUCUGAGUCUUCCAUGGAACCAGUGGGAUCAUCAUUGGCAAAAUUGGAAGCCAACAGUGUGGAUGGCCACAAGCAUAAUGCUUGUGAAAAUGAGCCUGAACCUGUGGAGCCUACGCAUGAAGCUGUGAAAUGUUCUGAUGAAGAUGGAUCUCUUGAAAAAUUAAGUUCUUUGAUUGAGGUAUGCAGAGUGCAGGAUCCCCCAUUGCAAUCGCACCUCGUUGGCCAUCCUGUCAGUUUGGAUAUUGUGGAGGAUGAAGUAAAAGUUUGUGAUAUUUGUGGGGAUGUAGGUCGGGAAGCAUAUCUUGCUGUCUGUAGCAAGUGCAAUGAUGGGGCAGAGCACAUUUACUGCAUGCGUGUAAAGAUGGAAAAAGUUCCUGAUGGUGAUUGGAUUUGUGAAGAAUGCACGCUUGAGUAUAAAACUGAAAAGCAGAAGCCAGAUAAAAUCGAAAAAGUAAUAGGAGCUUCCAUAGGAUCAUCCAUAAUUGAAACAUGUAAUUCUGAUUCUAAGAUUUCUACAAGAGUGGAUGUCAAAGAUUCAAAUGUUGAGAAAAGCAUAGAAAACAAAGUUAAUUUUAUUUCUCAACUAUCUGCCAAGAGACCUGCGGAUAAUUUAGAAGCCACCUCAGUGACAAAAAAAAGAGCUUUUGAAACAACUGAUAGAACACCGAGGAGAUUGAGCCCUCGCGGAAAAGGUUUCUUGUCCAGGGAUUUUUCAUCAAAAAAAUUGGGUUAUAAUUCUCCAAGUGUUCAACCACGGCUUCAGACAUCACCUGGUGCUCCCUCCAAGUCAAAUACAGUUAAGGUUCUUGAUUCAAAAAUGAAAGUUCAACUACCAAAGGAAGACAUUAGAAAGAUAAAAAUCAUCAGUGAUAGUGCUACCACUGACAGGAAAAAGGAGGGCGUUGUCAGAAUGAUGAGCAAAUCUUUGUCAUUUAAUGGUGCCAGGUCUACCACUGGCAGAAAAGAGGAUGGCUUGGUUAGAAUGAUGAGUAAAUCUUUGUCAUUUAACAGUGCCAGGUCACGCUGUCCAAAUGCGACUGAUGCAAAAGUUAAGAUGCUUUCUCCGAAGUCAUAUAAUUUUGAGGAUUUGAAGAGAUUAAGACUUGGAAAAGGAAAGAAUUCAGUUCGGAUGAAGAAUUCAUGUAAGCUAGAUCAUCCUCCUGCAAGUUCUGCAAUGGUUGGUUCUGUUUCUUCUGCAUUAAAGGCAGACAAGAAAAUUGCAUCUCAUCAUGAAACUAAGUCACUGGUUUCUUCUGGAAGCAAUUUGCGGGGUCGGGAGGCUGUUCCUAGUCAUGGAACUUCUAAUUCAUUAAAAUUAUCUGCUCAUCUUCCUCAUAGAGGUUCAAAGCUUUCACAUGACAUGGCUGGAUCUGGAGUGAAGAGCAAGUCCUCAUUUUCACUGAAAGCAGUUGGUGCUCCCCCUUCUACUAGUUGCCUUGAUUCUUCUCACAAACCGAAGCCAAGAAAAGUUCUUUCUAAGAAUGAAUUGCCCAAAAAGCGGAACCGUCCAACCCAAACUGAUGGUUUAUCCAUGCCAAUCCUCAAUUUGAAGGGCAGAAUUGCUUCAAAAGAUCGAUUUUCUUCGAACACAAUUUGCUGUCCUUCUGGUGCAACAAAUGAAGAGCAAGGUAGAGAUGUCAAUGUUGUUAGACGGAAUGCUGAGGCCUCCACAGAAUCAGUAUUUGCUACCAAAGCAACGAAGUCUAAUGCUGAUAUUCCAUUCGCAGCAAAGUCUGAUGCUGAAGCCUUCACAGAAUCAGCAUUUACUACCAAAGCAACGAAGUCUAAUGCUGAUAUUCCUUUGGCAGCAAAGUUUGAUGCUGAGAUUCCUUCUUCUGAAGAGCAUUAUGGCAGAAGCUUUCCUAGACUUGCUUCUAUGAUGGCUGUUCCAGAGAUUGAUUACAUAUGGCAGGGCGGAUUUGAGAUGAAGACGCAUGGAAAGCUUCCAGGUUUUUGUGACAGGAUUCAAGCACAUUUGUCAACUUGUGCGUCACCAAAAGUGCUUGAAGUAGUGGAGAAGUUUCCUUGCAGGGUCCUUCUGGAGGAAGUAUCUCGCAUUAGCACAUGGCCAAUCCAGUUCUCAGAAAAUUGUGCUACAGAAGAUAACAUUGCCCUGUACUUCUUUGCGGAAGAUUUUGAGAGCUAUGGGAGAAACUAUAAGAGCUUGUUGGAAUGCAUGAUUAAGAAUGAUUUAGCUCUCAAAGGAAAUGUUGAUGGGAUUGAGCUGCUGAUAUUCUCAUCAAACCUGCUUCCUGAAAAAUCCCAGCGUUGGAAUAAUUUGUAUUUCUUAUGGGGUGUGUUUAAAGCAAGGAGAACAAAUUACCCAGAACAAAAUUCUUCGCCAAAAAUGAUAUUUGCCUCCGGCUUUGAUGGGACACUCAUGGAUAAAAACACUGAUGAUGAUGCACAGGGGGCAUCAAGUUAUGCUGCCUCGCAGGAAUUGCCAUCUUUUUCUUCCGGAAGAAUAGAUGCAAUAAGUGAACCCAAAGUCUUUUCUCCUAAUAAGAAGCUUUCAGAUUUGCACAAAAAUUUUGGUCAGCAACCAAUCAGAGUUGAUGCUAUUUCGUUGUCAAGUCUGGCAGUGAGAACUGAGCCAUUCCCAUCAUUUAUGAAUAUGCAAUGCACAAGCACACCCCUGGAACCAUCUAAGGAUCCUGUGACAAGGAAGGGAGGAUACACACCGUGCCUGCAUACUGGUAGCAACAAUGACAAGGAUUGUGGUGUGGUUGAUGUAGGAAGGGAAUGUAAGAAGAUGAAGAGCUUCCAUGGAACACGUGAACAUGAUGACAUUGAAGGCAUAAUUUGCUCGAGUGGUGGACUUUCCUCCGGGAUGGUUAGUAUUGAUCCUAGUUCCCCCGUUAAGGAUCAGAGAUACCAUGCAGCUUGCGGUGUGGAGAUUAUUCAGAACUCAAGAACCACCAGUAGCUGUAGCUCUCUAACUUCUGUCGAUCGAAGCUUGCUGGAUGAUGGGUGGGGGGAAAAGUAUGCACAUUCGCAGUUGAAAGCCCAUCUAGCGGAUGAUGAGGGCCAGAUGGGAUCUCCAGCUCUAAAUCUCGAGCUUUCACUGGGGAGUGAAGAAACAUCCAUGAAAAGGGGAGUCUUGCCUUCUUUUUCUCAGAUGAUGGACAAGAAAAGUAACCGAGAAAAAUGGCCAGCAUUGUCAUACACAAAUAAUGAUGCUGAUCGUGGUGACAAGCUCUCGGACUCGCUCUCUCUUUCUCUAGCAUUGCCUCGGUGACGGCUUUUAGAACUGUUGCACUGUAAAUAGUAUAGCUGGCCUGACAUGGAUAUGUUUUGGGUGUAUAAAAAAGGAUCUGGCAACGUUGAUCUUUAUAGUUUAUACAGAACCAGUUUUCCAUCUUCCAACCGAAGCAGUUUUUCUUUGUUCUUGUUUGUUGCAGAUUAAUGCAGGACAUGAGAUCUAUGUUCAUCAAGGAUUGUGAUACCUCUUUCUUGGGCA